AUGGGAUGCCUGAAUUCCAAAUCCGCGGCGGAAAAGACGACCCCGGGCGCGGUGGGGUCUGGUUAUCACUCCCAAAGUAACAAGAGGCAUAACCAUAGAGAGAAGAAGGGGAUUUUCUCGAAAGCCAACACACUCAAGGAGUGGCCAGGUUCUUUCGACAAUGAUGAGAGGACUGAAAAGUCGGAGUCGGAUGCAAACAGAGCAAUACAGGCCUCCGCUGAGCGGUUCCUGCGCUUUAUCCUGGAGGGUGCGGAGCGCUUCUUUAGUAGCCUGCCCGAUUCUCAGGCGGUGAAGCAAGUGAUUGCAUUGACGUUUACUAAUUCCUGUGCUGAGGUAACACGCACCAAGUUCCGUCUCAAGCUCGAUGUCAUCACGGCUCUUCUGACGUCAUUAGCGCGGGAGCUCAAGCUGCCGUUGAUAGAGGCAUCUGUGCCGCAGGUCGAGGAGCGUGCCAUGGAUGACGGCUUCUCACGCAUUCUACUGGCGUGGUUCUCGAACAACCCGUCGUAUGAAAAGAUGAUUUCGAUGAUCGCGGGUCAGGCGGUGCUCAAUACUCUGUACAUCCGGUACGUGGUGAAUAAAUGCGUUUCGUUCGAGGACAUUCUAGCCUAUCAGUUCCGCUGGGUGUCUGUGAACAAAGCUGCGACGGAAGUGUUCAAUAGGUUCACUGACGGGAGGGAGUCGAUGACAUCAGAGCAACUAGGCAAGUUCUUGCGUGACGUGCAGCGCAGCGAGGCCACGGAUCGCCAGGCUUUGGAGAAGUUCAAGUACCGUUUCGGUGGCGGCAUCCACAAGUACAACUUUAUCAGCUAUAAUGGGAGCGUGUUGACAAACAAUGCCAUCGACCCUGCACGGACGUCUGAUGUGUGGCAGGACAUGACGCAGUCCUUCACGCACUACAUGGUCUCGUGCGUGCGCAUCGAAACGGAGGAGGACCUCAAGCGUGCCACGGCGGAUGGAGCGCGUGCUUUGGUGCUCAACAUCAAUAAAGCCGGCAACGGAAAACUCAUGGUUGGAUCGUGCGAGUUGCAGACCAUAUUGGAAUGCGUGAAAGCGAACGGUUUUACGACGAACACGUACCCGAUCAUCCUGUGUCUUUCCCCUGGAACACCUAUGCCCAUUCCUGUUCAGGAUGAAGUAGCGAAGAUGAUCAACGACACCUUGGAGUCAGCCGUGGCGGAGGGACUCAUGUUUGAGGGCGCCAUGAUCAAUGACCCCAUGUUCAGCCCUGGCGCGCUGCGCAAGAAGGUACUUGUCAUGAACCAUCAGGACCGCCUGAAGCCCUUCAUUGGUUUCCUGGUAGCCGAUAUGAACAAGGAUGGCCUCGGCGUUCGAGUCACUGAUGUGAUGGAGGGGACACCGGCGUCGAAGGGUGGGGUGCUCAAGGAUGAUUGGCUGACGCACAUAAACGGGAUUCCUAUUCAGAACAAGCUGCAUCUACGAGAAACCCUGGCGCAACUCAAGGUCGGCGAUGAGUUCACUGUGCGCCGAGAGAACUUGAAUGAGAUCAAGGUGGUGGUGGGCGGAACCAUCGAUCCGCAGGACACGACCGCGUCCGCGUCUCUCUCUAGCAUCACUUUCUUCAAUUACUCUAACAGUACUGACCCGAAGCCAUGGGACACGGAGCGCGUCCCCGCAUCGAGUCUCGUCACGACUCAGUUGACGCGGAAGGACUUACUGACGCAUUUCGCGUUCUGCACGGUGAACUCUGAUGAUACGUCUAUGGACCUGCCAGAUGCAGAGGGCACUGCGGCCAGCCUGGGCAUCCAGUUUGUUGACGUGGAUAACAGCGAGCGGUGCCUUUCCUGGGCACGUGGACGGUUCUCUGACAACGGUCGCUGCGGGUACAUUCUUAAAACCGACAUCGACACAGCCAAGUCUCCUGAGUUGAGCUUCAGGAUCAUUGGUGGUCCACGCCUCCUCAACUGCUCACCCUUGACGUCGAUGAAUGUCACCAUCCAUGGCGCAGGGGUAGCGCGUAUGAAUGGGAGUCAGGUUUCCUUCACGGAUUGCGACCAGUCUACGAUAGCAGUGGUGCAGAUGACGUUCGAGGCGAACGGCAUGGAGCGGACCUUUACCUCCGCUUUCUGCCCUGCUCUUCUUCGCUACGGUUACCGGGCCCUUCCUUCGAUACUCAGUGGGGAAGAGCGCGCCUCGAAGAAGCAGAUCCAUGGCAUCUAUUGCUUCAUCAAGUAG